GGGAAUGGUCACGUGGGUGCCGAAUAGCUCGGUGCUGUCAGUCUGUACUCGUAUGCUUGCCUGCCGUAGUUUAGUCGUUUGCGUCAAGAUAACGGCGCCGUCUCGCACGAGAAGAAAAUAAGUGCAGUAUGAAACGGACCGGGUGAUGCUUGAGACGGACCUCCUUCAACGACCGUCCGUGUAAAACACACGGCCCACGGAUCUAUGUAGACGCUGCUCUCCGCCUGGCGCAGACUCUCCGUGCCUGAAUCCGGGGGAUCGGGCAGGACGGCGGGAGGAACGCGUUGAGACGCGAGCGUGUCGCGCAGUGCGAAUUUAACCGAUUUCAAGCGGAAUGGCGGACCGUGAGACGAUUCCGCUGCCUCUGGAGGUGCGCGCGAGGCUGGCGGAGCUGGAGCUUGAGCUGUCGGAAGGUGACAUCACACAGAAAGGCUACGAGAAGAAGAGAGCCAAGCUGCUCAGACCGUUCCUGCCCAUAGUUCCAGGGGCGGAGCCUCAUGAACAUCGUACCCCCAUCACUCCAUCCCCUCGUUACCAUCGGCGACGCUCCACAGGAUCUCGGGAUGAACGCUAUCGCUCUGACGUGCACAGUGAGGCCGUCCAGGCUGCUCUGCUGGGUCAGAGGGAGAGGAGGUUGGCCGUUCCCAUGCCGUCCAAGCGCUCAUCUCUACUCGUGCACAACUCAGUGGACGCUUACACACCUCCAGACUCGUCGUCAGGUUCGGACAGCGAGAGCUCGCUGAGGCGUUGCCAUGGCAGCGGGCUGGUGGAGGAGUGGCUUAGCCGGGCGCUCCAGAGCUCUUCAUCGUCAUCAACAUCAUCAUCAUCAUCGUCCUCUAACGCUGCACGCCUGGCAGAGCUGCUCACACACACACACACACACGGAGGUCCAGGCUCCCAUCUGUCCCUGAAGAGGAGAGGCAUUAUGGGAUACCUGGAGAACGGCAUGCUGGGAAGGCGCUCGUGUGAGGAUGGGUCUGAUCGACCCUGGUCAUCUCUGGAGUCAGACGAGUCUCACCCUAUAGCUCCUCCAGAUGUCACCAGCUCCAACCCCAGCCAAGAACUCCGCCCCUUGCGGCCUCCGCCCAAAUAUGGAAAUGCAGUUCUCAUGGAGACAGGAGAUGGGGUGCCGGUGAGUGCGCGUGUCUCUGCUAAGAUUCAGCAGCUGGUGGACACUCUCAAGAGGCCCAAGCGGCCGCCGCUCUCAGAGUUCUUCCUGGACGACUUUGAGGAGAUGCUGGAGGUGCCACAGCCUGACCCCAGCAUCCCGCGGCCGGAGGGGGAGGAGUCUGGAGUGGUGGGCGGGGAGAGACUGGGCGUGGUCAGCAAUUGGCCGCCUUCCCUGGAGGCGGGGCUACAUCGCUGGGGAAGCACCGCCCCUAAAGCCCCCUGCCUGAGCUGCCCCGACGCAACCGGAAAAACCACACACACACUCACCUACGGGAAACUGUGGUCUCGGAGUAUGAAGCUCGCCUACAGCCUCCUCAACAAGCUGGGGAGCAAACAGGAACCUCUCAUCAGGGCAGGGGACCGGGUGGCGCUGGUGUUCCCUAACAGUGACCCAGCAGCCUUCCUCGUGGCCUUCUAUGGCUGCCUGCUGGCUGAGGUGGUCCCGGUACCAGUAGAGGUGCCCCUUAGCAAGAAGGAUGCUGGGAGCCAGCAGAUCGGCUUCCUAUUGGGCAGCUGUGGGGUUACCGUGGCGCUGACCACUGACACGUGUCAUAAAGGAUUACCCAAGAGCCUCAGCGGAGAGAUACAGCAGCUGAAGGGCUGGCCAAAGCUGUUGUGGGUGGUCACAGACUCUAAACAUUUAUGCAAACCUCCCAGUGACUGGUACCCGCACAUUAAAGAUGCCAACAAUGACACGGCAUACAUAGAGUAUAAGACAUGCAAAGACGGGAGUGUACUGGGCGUGACGGUGAGCAGGAUCGCCAUGCUCUCACACUGCCAGGCUCUUACUCAGUCUUGUGGAUACACAGAGGCUGAGACCAUAGUGAAUGUAUUAGACUUCAAAAAAGAUGUCGGCCUUUGGCAUGGAGUUCUAACAAGUGUGAUGAAUAUGAUGCAUGUCAUCAGUGUUCCGUAUGCCCUGAUGAAGGUCAACCCCCUCUCAUGGAUACAGAAGGUGUGCCAAUAUAAAGCGCGCGUGGUGUGUGUGAAGUCCAGGGAUCUGCACUGGGCGCUGGUUGCCCUGCGAGACCAGAGGGACGUUGACCUCGCAUCCCUGCGCAUCCUGCUGGUGGCCGACGGUGCCAACCCCUGGUCGGUGGCAUCCUGUGAGGCUUUUCUGAACGUAUUUCAGACUAAAGGUUUGAGGCCUGAGAUCAUCUGCCCUUGUGCCAGCUCCCUGAAUGCUCUUACCAUCGCUAUUAGAAGGCCCUGUGAGGACAGCCUUGGUGGUCCUGGCAGAGGGGUCAUCUCCAUGGCAGCUCUGAGUCACGGGGUCAUCAGGAACGACUCGGAACAUAAACUCUCCACCCUCACACUACAGGACGUGGGCUCGCCCUUACCUGGAGCUCUGGUGUGUGUGGUGAGGUCUGAUGGAGUUCCACAGCUCUGCUGCACUGAUGAGGUCGGAGAAGUGUGUGUGUGCUCUGUUGCUACGGGAACGUCCUACUACGGCCUUACAGGCAUGACUAAGAACACCUUUGAGGUGUAUCCGGUAACAGCCACAGGUCAGCUGGUGUGUGAGUAUGCGUUUGUGCGCUCUGGCCUGCUGGGAUUCGUGGAUGCAGAGGGGCGGGUCUACAUCACCGGCCAAUCAGACGGGCUCAUGCAUGUGAGCGGGAAAAAGCACAACGCUGAUGACAUCAUCGCCACAGCACUGGCUGUGGAGCCAAUGAAGUUUGUCUACAGGGGCAGAAUAGCGGUGUUCUCCAUCAACGUGCUUCAUGAUGAGCGGAUUGUGGUCAUCGCUGAGCAGAGACCAGAAGCCACAGAGGAGGAGAGCUUUCAGUGGAUGAGUCGUGUGCUGCAGGCCAUAGACAGCCUGCACCAGGUGGGCGUGUACUGCUUGGCGCUGGUGGGGCCCAACUCCCUCCCCAGGAGUGCUCUAGGGGGGCUGCACGUGAGCGAGACACGCGGCCUCUUCCACCAGGGGGCACUACACCCACGCAGCCUCCUCAUGAGCCCACACACCUGCGUCACCAACCUGCCCAAGCCACGCCAGAAACAGCCAGAGGUGGGUCCUGCCUCUGUGAUGGUGGGGAAUCUGGUGUCUGGGAAACGAAUCGCUCAGGCUAGUGGCAGAGACCUGGGGAGCUCAGAGGACAACGACCAGUUCAUCUUCUUGUCUGAGAUAUUACAGUGGAGAGCCCAGACCACACCUGACCAUAUUCUCUACACACUCCUCAACGCUAAGGGAGGGGUGGCCUGCUCUCUCUCUUGUGUACAGCUGCAUAAGAAGGCGGAGAAGAUCGCCGCCCUACUGGCAGAGAGAGCGCAACUGCAGGAUGGAGACCACGUGGCAUUGGUGUACCCACCAGGUGUAGACCUGAUAGCAGCGUUUUAUGGUUGCCUGUAUGCUGGCUGCGUCCCCAUCACAGUGAGGCCCCCCCACCCUCAGAACAUCUCCACCACCCUGCCCACCGUCAAGAUGAUCAUAGAGGUGAGCCGCUCUGUGUGUGUGAUGACAUCCCAAUCCAUCUGUAAGCUGCUUCGCUCUAAAGAGGCCAUUGCUGCCGUAGACAUCCACUCCUGGCCUACGAUACUCGACACAGAUGACCUCCCGAAGAAGCGCUGUCCUCUUCUGUGUAAGACGUCUGACCCAGACACACUCGCCUAUCUGGACUUCAGUGUGUCCACUACAGGCAUGCUGGCUGGAGUCAAGAUGUCCCACUGGGCGGUGAGUGUGUUGUGUCGCUCGGUGAAGCUGCAGUGUGAGCUCUACCCGUCCCGCGAGGUGGCUGUGUGUCUGGACCCCUACUGCGGCCUGGGCUUCGUGCUCUGGUGUCUCUGCAGUGUGUAUGCAGGUCACCAGACUAUCCUGAUAGCGCCCAGUGAUCUGGAGCAGAAUGCGUCUCUGUGGCUGAGUGCCGUGAGCAGCCUGAGAGUGAGAGACACCUUCUGUUCCUACAGCGUAAUGGAGCUGUGUACGCGCAGUACACACACACUCAAGGGCCGUGGUGUGGACCUGUCGCGUGUGCGUACGUGUGUGGUGGUGGCAGAGGAGCGUCCUCGUCUCGUGCUCUCGCUCUCCUUCUCCAAACUGCUCCGAGACCUCGGACUCCACCCCCGCGCCGUCAGCACAGCCUUCAGCUGCAGAGUCAACAUGGCCGUCUGCCUGCAGGGAACAUCUGGACCUGAUCCUACCACUGUUUAUGUGGACAUGAGGGCCUUAAGGCAUGACCGGGUGCGUCUAGUAGAGAGAGGAUCUCCACACAGCCUACCUCUGAUGGAGUCAGGCAAGAUCCUGCCGGGUGUACGCAUCAUCAUCGCCAAUCCCGAGACCAAAGGACCAGUCGGAGACUCCCAUCUUGGCGAGAUCUGGGUGCACAGUGGUCAGAACGCGAGCGGCUACUUCAGUGUGUUUGGGGACGAGGCUCUGCAGUCGGACCACUUCAGCGCACGCCUCAGCUUCGGAGACACACACACCGUGUGGGCGCGCACCGGCUACCUGGGAUUCCUACGCCGCACACAACUCACCGACGCCAGCGGAGAGAGGCAUGAUGCGCUGUACGUGGUGGGGGCUCUGGAGGAGGCGCUGGAGUUGAGGGGGAUGCGCUACCACCCCAUCGACAUCGAGACGUCCGUGGGCCGCACACACAAGAGCAUCAGCGAGUGCGCGGUGUUCACCUGGACCAACCUGCUGGUGGUGGUGGUCGAGCUGGACGGCUCGGAGCACGAGGCGCUGGACCUGGUUCCCAUGGUGACCAACGCGGUGCUGGAGGAGCACUACCUCAUCGUGGGCGUGGUGGUCGUCGUGGAGACGGGCGUCAUCCCCAUCAACUCCCGCGGGGAGAAGCAGCGCAUGCAUCUGAGAGACGGUUUCCUAGGAGACCAGUUGGACCCCAUCUACGUGGCCUACAACAUGUAGAAGACAUGUAGCGCGCACACACACACACACACACACACACACACACACACACACACAAUCAGACGUGAUACUCACAAAGAAAACUCACUCACACACACACACACACACACACACACAAACCCAUCAAUGCAUAUAUGCAAGCACACAAGUGUAUUAUACAGUGUACAGUCAACCAACCACACACACACACACACACACACACACCCAGAGCCUGGUGUAUUAUUGGACUCUGCUCCUCAGGACGUGGCUGUGGCAUGUUUGUUUGUUUGUUUGUUUGUUUGUUUGUUUGUUUAGAGUGUAGAGACCCCAUUUGCUCUGAUUUUACUGCAUCAUUGUUUAAUGCACCCACACACAC